UUACAAAUCAAAUAAUAACUGAAAAACUGCCGACUAUAAAACAUGUCUAGUCUUCAUUUCAACUUCAGUGUUCUACAGCUUCUCCCAGCAAUGGCACCAAAAUCAUCAGUUAUCGAUCAUGAACUACAAGAAAUGGAGCCGAAACCAAAUCCGCAAAAAAGAGAAAUUUCUUGGAAAAAAGUUAUAUUUUUCGCAUAUUUGCAUGUUGGAGCAGUUAUAGGACUUUAUUACUUCGUAGCAAAAGCACUAUGGGCAACGAUACUUUGGGGUUAUUUUCUUACUUUUAUCUCUACUCAAGGAACAGGAGCAGGAGCCCACCGACUAUGGGCACAUCGCACCUACAAGGCGAAAUUACCCCUAAGAAUAUUAUUGGCAUUUUAUCAAACACUAACUUUCCAAAAAGAUAUUUACGAUUGGGUCAGAGACCAUAGAGUCCACCAUAGGUUUUCAGACACUGAAUGCGACCCCCACAAUGCAAGCAAAGGCUUCUUCUAUAGUCACAUGGGAUGGUUGAUGUUAAAGAAAGAAGACUGUGUCAUUUCCAAAGGAAAAUUAUUAGACUUGAGUGAUUUAGAGGCUGAUGCUGUAGUUAUGUUCCAACGAAAGUACUACUGGUAUUUAGCUCCAGUUAUUGCUUUUGCCAUUCCAGCUUUCGUACCGUGGUACUUCUGGAACGAAAAUUUCCAGGUUUCGUGGUACGUCUGCAACAUGUUGCGUUACUUCCUUACACUUCACGGUACGUGUUUGGUCAACAGUGCUGCCCAUAUUUUCGGCAAAAGGCCCUACGACAAAAAUAUAUUACCACGAGAAAAUUUGCUAGUCUCUUAUAUUACUAAUGGGGAAGGUUUCCACAACUACCACCACGCAUUUCCCUGGGAUUAUAAAGCUGCAGAGUUGGGUAGUUAUUAUGGGAAUUGGAGUACUGCUUUCAUCGAUUUUAUGGCCAGGGUAGGGUGGGCUUAUGAUUUAAAGAGUGUGCCCACAGAAUUAGUUUCAAGAAAAGUGAGAAAAUCAGGAGAUGGUAGUUGGCAGUUCUUGAAUGAUUACUCAUGGGGUUGGGGUGACAAAGAAAUGAACAAAGAUGACAUUAAAAUGACAAGAAUUACCUACAGAACUGGUGUUCAAACAGGUUAAUUUUAUUGUUGUAGGAUUAGUAUUAAUUCGAGUAUUUAUUUGAAAAUUGUACAUUGUUUAUGUUUAGAAGUAGGGUUAUAAUAAAGUAAUCUCCGAAAAAAAGUGAGUGAUUUUUUUAC